GAACAGCAAAAAGGGGGGCAAAGGGGAAACCAAUGCCUCCUUUACUAGUAAAGGAGGCAUUGGGGGAAACUGAGGGGCAGGGCUCCUCAGUUUCCUUCCUCCAUGUCCCCCUCUUUUAUGUUAAAUUUGGCGUGCUCGGCGUGCGAUUUGGUGCGCCGGUUGCUUCUACUGUCUGCAAAACCUAUGCUCCCUAUUUCGUGUGGGAAAUGACAAGCGUGACCAUCUCGCCUGAGAGCAAGGCCAGUGGCGAUGAAGCAAGAAGUUGCGGUAUGCAGUUGUGCCUGAAAUUGUGCUGAUAGGGAAUUCAGGCGUAGAGUGAUCUUGCCGACCUCUUUGUAUGCAAGCGUUUUGGAGAUGUCAUCCCCUGUGAAGUUGCGCUGGCUGCCGAUAUCUGCGGUGCCUCGGAUCAUUGAGACGUUCCAGCUGUACAGCAAAUGCAGGUGGUGCAGUUACAUGAAGGAUAUCACCACCGUUGUAACUCCUGUGCCUAUGAGAUGGACAAAGUGUGAUCUGAAGUGCUUACCAGGAUCCACACAGGCCAGCAUCUGUUUGAAUUUCAUUUGUGCCAUCGGAGCUUCUCGUGAACAUUCAAGCUGAAGCGACACCUCCACACUCACAAAAACGUAUUUCAGUGCCCUUCAUGCCCUCAGAGCUUCUCACAGCAAGUUACUCUAAACGAACACCUGUGCAUCCACACAGGCGAGAUGUCAUUUCAUUGUCAUUUAUGCCCUUGGAGCUUCACGGUGAAGUCUACACUGAAAAAUCCCCUGCGCAUCCACACAGACGGCAGCCCAUUUCACUGCCCUCAGUGUCCUCAAAGGUUCAAACGAAAGAGUGCUCUGAACCAACACCUGCGCACCCACACAGGUGAGAGACCGUUUGAGUGCCCUUCAUGCCCUCACAGCUUCUCACAAAAGGUUCAUCUGAAGAACCAUCUGUGCACCCACACAGGCGAGAGACCAUUUGAGUGCCCUUCCUGCCCUCAAAGCUUCUCACAAACGAGUACUGUGAUCAGCCACCUGCGCACCCACACAGGUGAAAGGCCAUUUCAAUGUCCUGCAUGUCCUCAGAGCUUCAGACAAAAGACUAAUCUGAACCGACACCUGCGCACCCAUGCAGGCGAGAGGCCAUAUCACUGCCUUGCAUGCCCUCAGAGCUUCUCAGAAAAAAGUGAUCUGAACCAACACCUGCGCACCCACUCAGGCGAGAAGUCAUUUCAGUGCCCUUUGUGCCCUUGGAGAUUCUCGCGAAAGAAUGAUCUUGACCGGCACCUGCGCACCCACACAGGCGAGAAGCCAUUUCAGUGUCCUUCAUGCCCUCAAAUCUUCUCACUAAAGAGUAGUCUGAACAAACAUCUGCGCACCCACACAGGCGAGAAGCCAUUUCAGUGCCCUUCAUGCCCUCAGAGCUUCUCAGGCAAAAGUAACCUGAACCGACACCUGCGCACCCACACAGGCGAGAAGUCAUUUCAGUGCCCUUUGUGCACUUGGAGAUUCUCACGAAAGAAUAAUCUCGACCGGCACCUGCGCACCCACACAGGCGAGAAGCCAUUUCAGUGCCCUUCAUGCCCUCAAAGCUUCUCACAAAAGAGUGGUCUGAAUAGACACCUUCGCACCCACACAGGCGAGAUGCCAUAUCAGUGCCCUUUGUGCCCUCAAAGCUUUUCACAAAAGUCAACAUUGAAGAUUCACCUGCACUUCCACUAAUGUGAGAGACUGUUUCAGAGCCGUUCAUCUCCUGAGAACUUCUCGUGGAAGUCUGCAUUGAGCCAACACCCAUGCAUCCACACAAGUGGGUGGCCAUUUCAGUGUCCUGCAUGCCCUCGGCAAUCCUCAAAAGUCCUGACUGAAGGAUCACCUGUGCAUCCAUUCAGCAAGAGGCCGUGUAAGUGCUCUUCAUGUCCUCAGAAGUACUUGCGGAAGUUCGCACUGAACUUCACUUCCACUAAUGUGAGAGGCUGUUUCAGUGCCCUUCAUGUCCUGAGAACUCAUCGUGGAAGUCUGCACUGAACUAACACCCGCUCGUCCACACAAAGUCUGUAGUGAAGGAUAACCUGUGCAUCCACUCAGCGAGAGGCUGUGUCAGUGCUCUUCGUGUCCUCAGAGGUACUUGCGGACGUUUGCACUGAACUGACACAUGCACAACCCACUUAAGCAAGGGGCUGUUUUAGUGCUACUUAUACGGUCAAACCUUUGGAAUAUAAAAGCCACCUCAAUAGGCACCUUCCGACUACAAGUGCACCUGAUACGUGCUGUGUAGCAGCGCUUAGUUGUGUGUACUUCUCAUUGUUCCUUUUUGCGUUUCAUGUUUUCCUUGGAUUUUUCGUGGAAGCUCAGCUUGUGUGUAUGCCUGUAGUUCUAUACAUGCACGAAUCAUUGGAAGUCUUUUCACUUUUCAUUGUUAUGAUGUUUAAGUUCUUUAUUGUCGUGUAUACAGGCACUUCUUUGCUGUGUUGAAGCGUUUAACUGCUCGUUACUAAAUUAGUUGUGUGAGUUUAUUUCAGCGCACUAAAUAAAAUUGUAAUUGGGUUUUCUUAA